UUCGUCUGCGUAAUACUAGCUUGGCUUUCGUCCUUGAAUUUAUUUUGGUAGCUUAGCUUUGUGAGUGCUUGAUCUUCGGAAUUUCAAAUUGCGUGAUCUUCAGAAUUUCAAUUUCAAUGUAUAAUACCUUACUACAUUUGCUUCGUUAUUCUUCGUUAUUUGAGCUUGCUUUUUUACUGUAUAUAUUGGUUUCGUUUUGACAUUGCCUCGCUUCACUUCGUUCUUUGUUCUUCGUUCUUCGCUUCGUUCUUAGACAUUGCGUGGUUUCGUUGUAACAUUCCAAUGAUUCCUUCUACAAGCACAAAACGGGGGUUUGGUGAAUGUUCGCGUUGCAAAAGUACAUAUUCAACGCGUUGGAAGCCAGCUAAAUGUCAGAGAUGUGGCUUCCAUCUUGGUGGAACGAAAGAACCAGCAACUAAAAAGCCAAAGAGCAGUUGUCCUGGUGCCGUUGUUGUUUUAGCCACCAAGGAGAUGUCAAUUUUCUCGGCUAGAACAAGUACACGCGACGAUCGUUGUUUUGUUAUGAAAGAAGGCGACUUGUUCUUUUGUAGCCACAAAGACUGCAUGAGUGUUCGUGCAACUUUUGUGUCUUCGGGACGUGCUGCGUCCUUUAGUUGCAAGCAUUCUGAAGAGUGUAAAGAUGCUGUUCCCCCUCAAGACACAUUCGAAUUAUCUCGCGACAAAAUUGAGGAUUAUAAUGGAGACGGUGCUUCCAAGGAAAUGCUCUCCGCUUUACUUGGGUCACAGAAUAGCAUGGCUGUUGUGGUGAAAGUAUCAGAUAUAUCUUAUGCUGUGCUUGGUUUUCCUUCAACCAAUAACACCAUGGGAUAUAUCCAUGUGAAGAUCUUGGAUGGGGUUUUGACCUGCAGCUCUAAAGACACUGACUGCAGGUCUUUCGUGGCGAAGGGAAGGUACGAACGGGCCAAGAAAUUUUGCGUCCAUCUCCACGCUAUCUUCUGCACCGGAGGCUACUGCCAAGAACAAGGCACCAGCACUAGCACUUCUCCUAUAGCUGAUCCUCUUCCUAGUGCCUCGUCAGCUUCAUCUUUACCGUUACAGCGGAUGAAAACCAUGGAACUAAACUCGAGCCGGCAGUUGCCUUACGAUUUCAUCUCCCCUGCACUUCUUACUGCAAUCGAUGCUCGCAAUGCUAGUUCUUGGCCCUCUCUAUUGUACCCAACGGCUUCUGCUUGUGGGUUAUGUGGGCAUAAUCUGGGGAAUCAAAUUAAGCAUCCUGGCAGCGAAGGGCAGGCUUACUUGGUUACUUCUGCAAGGCCGUAUUCGAAAGUGGAAGUCAGAAUAAAGGUAUGUCAGAGGGAUACCUGCAGAGCCAUUCACCAAGUAGACCCCUCGGACAUCGGCCUGUUUAAUGUAGCAGAUUCUGUGCUGAUAUCAUUUGACAUCCUAUUGGAAUGGCGUGAACAUUUCAAACUUGGACACCCUAUCAGUAAUGUGAUCAUGGCCAAGCUGACAUUCUUGAAUCAGAAGUUGGAACAGUCUCACAGAUUAUCAAAUGCAAAGCUGGAUUACAUUGCCAGUUUGUCCUACCAAGGAUUUUACUGUUUUGAGACCAUCACAACAAGAAACCUGGAUGAUGUUAUUUGUGGAAUUUGUGGAAUUGUUGGCGAAGUGUAUCUUGGUGAUGGCAACGAGAAGAACUGUUGUAACAAUAGCAGGAUUGAUUUUUCAAGCAUAGAUGACAAAAAGGAAGUGUGUUCACUGGAAAAUUUCAUGGAGAAAAUUCGUCAUCAUAUGAUUGAGCAGUGUGUGUAUAGCAGGGCCAACGAGCAUAUGAAAUUUGCUGCUGAAGAAAUUCCUCCAAUUAUUCCACCAGCAUUUAGAGGGUCUGUUGUUUUCAAUACUGAAAUGGACAAAAAUAGUGAAUUUUUGAAAGGCAGUCAAACCCCUGAAGGUGACUCCUACAAGCUGUUGAAUUUGGUAAAAUCCAAAGUUCUUGAUAUGGAAAAACUUCAAACCAUGUCAAAAGAGGAAUUAGAUGAUGUUGCAAGAAAUUGUGGGAUCAAAAUCUCCAGUAAAUCUGCUACCAAAUUACGUCUGGACAUCCAUGCUUUGUAUGCGACUCUGUUGGUAGGGUUAUGUCCAUGCCAUGGCUACAACAAGUCACCUGGUAGAACUGGAGGAUUUUAUCACUUAGUUUGUCGACAUGGAACAACUGUGGCCUCAAAGUUUUUGACAUUGGCUGAAUCUGUUAGGGAUGCUGCUGAUCUUUAUUUGUCACUGAAGUAUCCACCCCCUGUGUUUAUAAGUGAUUCUCCUUGUGGAUUUGCAAGACAUAUGGAGUGUCGUGUUCCUGAUAUCACUGAUAUUGUGUGGGGAGAAAACUAUGGCUGUUUUGAAAAACCAGAGUUUGGAAGACAUCCUAAUUGCGAUGUUGAUGUUCCCUACAUAGUCCCACAGGAAUAUAGAGACAUGUCAAGGCAGUUGCAAAACCCAGACAACCUAGAGAGACUCCAGCAUCCAGUAACCAUGACAACACGGCGCUAUGUUCUGGGUGAUCGUUUUCAUAACAAAUCCAAUCCUCACAAGUCACCCUUGUGUGUUUACCACGACAUUGACAAAUGCCGACAAAGUUUAACAAUUAAAACAAGUUAUCAGGAAGUUGAGAACUCGCGCAAAAACCAGCGGCGUUUACGCAGUUCUUGUGCACAAUCCUUUGGCACUCACUUCUUGUUUAAUUAUUUGAUGGACUACUAUCAGAAUGAAGCAAUAGUAGAACAUCAACGAUUACGACUUGAGUCCAUGCUGAAAGACGAUGAAACAAUUGCUCGGGAUGUUUACAAACGUUUUGUAAUUGUUAAGAAAUUGUAAUCAUUUUCAUUUCACUAAGUAAAUGCUGACUUCUGGUCCAGGAGAUUUUAAAAGUUCUAUAGUUUUCUAACAUUCCAAAAGCCCACCCCGUAACUUGCAAAUAACUGCCCACAAGUAAUGGUCUGCUCGUGCGUAGUUUCAUCUAAACAAUAUUAUGCUCAUGUGUGAUUGAAAUCACACUCUUGAAUCCAAUCUCAAGUGAAAAAUGGAACCUUCCUUAGGUUUAAAUAUGAAUACAAAACAACCUUGGUAAUUGAAUGACAAAAUAACUAUUGAACUUGCACAUAUUAUGAUUUGUUGGUGUUCUCGCUGAUUAAUUGAUUUGGUCGAAAUUGACAAACCAUGAUAUUUUGCUCCACUUCCUCUAAUAGUUAAUUAUUUUUCUUCUCACAGAAUCGACUGCUGUUGGAAUAAUAGUAUUUACUGUACAAUACACACUUCUGUCCUUAUCUUGGUGUGUAGGGAUUGCGAUUUACAUCCUGUAUUUCGUAGACUUCCUUAUAAAACCCGACAAUAUUAAUCAUGUCGUCUUGUUAUCAAGAUUUCUACCUCUUUUUCAACUUGGAAAAUAAUUAUUAUUUUGAAUUUUUGUUUUUUUGUUUUUUGGACUUUCUUCGUACCUUGUGUGCAUUAAAAACUUAUCGACAUGUAAUAUCACAUAUAUUGCCAAGAGAUACGUGGGUUAUGCUGGCUCCUGAAUUUUGGGGUCUGAGAAUGACCUCUUCUCACAGAUAAUUUCAGUUGAGUUCUGCAGCAUUCACUAUUCUAUAUUCAAGAUGUUGACUCCUGAUUUACAUGUUUGUGGUGUACGUUUAAUCAGUUGAUUUCUGCAUCAUGCAAUAUCCUGUGACAAUGAUUCAGUGAGUUGUGAUUUCUUCCUAAAAACCUUUUAGAAAAUUUUAGUUGGUAUAAUUGUAUGGGGAUACAAAGCACAAGUUCUUUGCUAUAGCUGGCAUUUUUCUCAUGGUUUUAACCUGACUUCUCAUGGUCUAAAAUAUCCUGGCCACAAUGAGUCGAGCUGGUUACUCGAUGAUACCCCCUGUGUCUUAGUGUGCAACUCUUUCAGCGAGGGAAUGAAAAUUUCCUACUGAAACUGAAACUUUUAUUAGGGUGAAGUACUUGUCCAAUGGGAUUUUCACCUAAGACAACAGGUUAAUGUCCUCUUGGGGAAGAGGAGGGGACUAGGAAACCAAAAAUUAUAAAUA